GUAGAAUUUCCUACUUUUAAUACUUGUCUAAAUAGGUUACAGAAUUAAGAUUCUUCGAGGAGUUAAUAUGUUAUAGGACUUCUUUACAAGUAAACUUUUGCAUAAUGAUGAUGGCCUAAGGAUAUAGAUGCUUUGAUAUCAUUCUUCUUCAAGUUUAUAUCUCUAUUCACUCCGUUUAUCUUCCACAUCUCUCUUAUCUCCAUUCCAUUUAUAAAGUGCAAACGGGACAGGAAAACCUAUUUUUUUCUCCUUUUACUUUGGUAAUUUAAUGGCAAAGAUCACGGUAUGUUUGUUAAAAUUAACGAUUCCGAAGAGAAAACUCAGUUUCAACCCUUCGAGUUCCAUACAAAAGGCCUUGAGUAAUGUUUGAACCGAGCUCAGAAUCACAGGAUUAACACUUUGUAAGAGUUUCUUUCACGUGUAACGAGUUAAACAACGUGCUGUAUAAGACCCGAGCAUUUUGCUGAAUCACACGUUACAGAAAUAAUUAUGUAACGUGGGAUUAGAAGUUUACGUCACGCAUAAAAUAGCGAAAAAACUCUACGUCAUAAAACAGCAUGUCCUUUUACGUCUGUUGAAUAGAUCCACCCUAACCGAUAACCGGUUCCUUCCGCCUCGACAGGUGUUUACGCCAGUCACGUGAUACACCUUGCAAGUCACGCUUGAAGAUAGUAGAACAGUUCUUCGAUAGAGACUUAACUGGGAUACUGAUGUUCAUAAUGAUAUCUCUCAUAUAGUACGAGCUGGAUGUAUAUUUAAGUAACUUAAACACGUAAGAAAGAUCAGAAUAAUGGUAAUAAGACAGAUUUAUGUCACUUUAAUAUAUUUUUUUAUUCAUGGGAUAGUAUCACAAAGUGUUAUUCAAGAAUUAAAUUCUUAUGCAGUUAUUGCACCUAAAAAACUUCGUCCCAACUUUCAUUAUCAUGUUAGUGUUUCCAUAUAUGAUGUUUUGGCGGAAGUGGAUGUGACAGUUAGCGUGGAAGGGCUCACUGAAGCUGUCAGUAAACAAUUAGUUUUGCAUGCAAGGGAAACAGAAAUUGUGGAAUUAGAAAUUGGCGACUGGAAACCUGGUUUAUAUAAUCUUACAGUAGAGGGUCAUGGAGGAGCCAAUUUUCAUAAUCAUACUCAAUUAAUAUACGAACAUAAAAGUUAUUCUGUAUUUAUUCAAACAGAUAAAGCUGUAUAUAAACCAGGCCAAUUAGUGCAAUUUCGAGCAAUAGUUGUGGAUCCUUAUUUGAUUCCAUCAGUUUUGGGAACAAUUGAUAUGCAUGUUAGGGAUUCACAUAUGAAUAAAAUACAUCAAUGGAGAAAUGUGCCAAUAAGUAGAGGUAUUGCUGCAGCAGAUUUCUUAUUAGCAGAUGAUCCCAAUUUAGGAGAUUGGACAGUUCACGUUGAUGUAAAGGGACAAAAUUUUUCUAAACCAUUUACCGUAGCCGAAUAUUCACUUCCAACUUUUGAAGUUCAUAUCGAUUUACCCAGUUACGCAACCUACAAUGAAUCUGAUAUUGUCUGCACUAUAAAAGCAAUGUAUACUUAUGGAAAGCCAGUGAGAGGUGAUGUAACAUUAACUGUAGCUCCAAGAACAAGGUAUAAUUAUCUAUCUGUUCGACCUUACGAGUCAACACAAGUGAAAGCAAAGAUUAAUGGUUUAAUAGACAUUUCGAUGAAUUUAUUGAGAGAUCUGCAAUUAAAAACUGAUUUUUUUGAACGUGAAAUUGAAUUUUUUGCACUCGUAGAAGAAGAAAUUACAGGACGGAAAUACAACAAAACAAAUACUAUGUGGAUAUAUGAUAAAGAUGUUAAAGUUCAAUUAAUAAAAACAUCAGAUACAUUUAAAUCAGGGUUAAAAUUUACUGCAUUUUUGAAAGUUACACAUCAAGAUGGGACACUGGUAGUUGGAGGAGAUAGAAGCUUAAAAUUAACAUUUGGUUAUACUCAUAUUGAAAAAGACUGGAAGUCGUCUUACUACACAUUACCAGAAAAUGGAUUGCUGAAGCUCGAAUUCUAUCCUCUUCACGAAGAACUUAACAUUUUAUAUAUGAGAGUGGAAUUCCGAGGACAGACUCAUUACAUUGAUGGAAUAGAUUCUGCAGUAUCACCCAGUAACAACUUUAUUCAAGUUACUCCUUUAACAACAAGCAUUAGAGUUGGAAAUAAUGUCGAAUUUGAAGUAAAUGCUACUGAACCAAUGAGUCACUUAACAUAUCAAGUAAUGGGAAGAGGAAGCAUGGUGUUGGCACGAACGAUACCUGUCCCUAAUGAAAAAGUUUACAGAUUCAGUUUUAGAGUUUCUAGCCAAAUGGCACCAAAAGCACGAGUAAUUGUUUAUUAUGUAAGGAAUACGAAUAAAGAAAUUGUUGCUGAUGCUGUCAACUUUGAAGUGCAAGGUGUAUUUAGGACCCAAGUUAACAUAAGAAGCAAUUUCAAAGAAGUACAGCCUGAUACGACAGUUGAAAUUCGUGUAGAAACCAGGCCCAAUGCACUUAUAGGAAUUCUUGCCAUAGAUAAAGAAAGCAUUUUACUAAAAUCUGGAAAUGAUAUAUCACAAAAUGAUGUAAUCAAAGAAUUAGAAACAUAUGAUGGUGGUAAAGAACAUAAAUAUUGGCCACCUUGGAAUCAAAGAAAGAGGAAGAAAAGAUCUCUUUGGUGGUUAGGAUCUACAUCUGCAGCAGAAAUAUUUGAAGAUUCUGGUGUUCAAGUUCUUACAGAUGGAUUAAUUUAUAGAUUUCCAAAAGAUGAUCGAUAUCGAGAGAAUGUAAUUUACAUUGACGACAGAACAUUAAAUGUUCCGGUGCAGCCACCCUCGGCAUUACCGGAUGCACCCCUCGAGAAACAGCAUGUCGUCCUAAGAAAACUGUAUCCUGACACUUGGCUUUGGAUGAAUGCAACAGCAGGAAAUGAUGGUGUGGCUGUUAUAUCUCAUUCAGUACCAAAAGCAUUAACAACAUGGGUUAUCAGUGCAUUUUCUAUGAGUUCUACAAAUGGGUUAGGAAUUCAAGAUACAUCUGCAGAGAUCAAAGUAUCACAACAGUUCUUUAUUAAAAUGAGUCUACCAUAUACAGUACUAAAAGGAGAAUCUGUUGCAAUUCAAGUUGUAGUUUUUAAUUAUAAUUCAAGACCUGUUAAGGCAGAAGUAACCAUGGUAAAUAGUAAAAAUGAAUAUGAAUUCACAAUUGCUGGUGGAGAUAAAGUUGAAUAUCAAGAUAAAAGGGAGAGAUCAAAAUUUGUCACGAUAGCUCCAAAUGAAGGAACUCCAGUAUCUUUUCUUAUCACGCCAAAGAAAGUAGGUUAUAUUGACAUCAGAGUUGUGGCCAACACAGAUCGUGCAAGUGAUGCCAUCACAAAGCGAUUACAUGUUAAGCUUGAAGGCAGCACACAAUACUUCAACAAGGCAAUGUUUGUGGAUUUUUCAUCUUUGGGAACAGAGCCAGUUAAAGAUAAUAUAUCUAUUCCAAUUCCUUACAACAGUAUUGAAGGUUCACAAAGAAUAACAAUUUCUGGUGUAGGAGAUAUACUCGGAGUUGCCAUCAAUAACAUGGAACAGAUUCUUCGUCUGCCUUAUGGAUGUGGCGAACAGAACAUGUUGACUUUUGCAUCGAAUGUCAUCAUAACAAAUUAUCUCAUUCGGUCUCAACGUCUGACUAAUUCCAUCAAAGACAAAGCAAUAAGAUUCCUUCGAUUUGGAUAUCAAAGACAAUUAACAUACAAGAGAGAUGAUGGAUCGUUUAGUGGCUUUGGUCAGAAAGACAGAAGUGGAAGUAUCUGGUUGACAGCUUUAGUGACCAAAUAUUUUUAUGCUGCAAGAACAUUAAUUGACAUAGAUGAAGAUGUCAUUGAGAAAGCAAUGCAGUGGUUGGUUCAAAAUCGGAAUUCUGACAAUUCAUUUGAAGAAAUAGGUGAAAUUCAUCACAGACCAAUGCAGGAAAAUAAGAAUGCUUUGAGUGCUUUUGUACUGAUAUCACUUCUUCAAAACGGAGCUGAACAAAACUAUUCGACGGUAAUAAAAGACAUUGGAAAUUAUCUUGGUGAACAAGUGCAUAGCUCUAGAGAUUCUUAUACAAUGAAUAUUAUUAAUUAUGCAUUAAGUCUUCAAGGAGAUCCACGACAUGCUAAUGUUGUAGAAAAUGGAAUUAACAAAAUGGAUGGACUUGUUAAAAAAUCAGAUAAAGGAGAUAAGAGUUAUUGGACAGACUCGGAAGAAAAGAUUAAUGUUACGGAUAAACAAUCAGACUAUUUCUAUUUACAACAUUCCCAAGACAUAGAAAUGACUGCAUAUGCUUUACUAGUUUAUUCACGAAAGGGUGAGUUUAAUAAAGCAAUACCUGUACUAAAAUGGCUCGUUUCCAGUCAGAAUGAAAUUGGAGGUUUUACGUCAACACAGGAUAGCAUAGUUGCACUACAAGCAUUAGCAGAAGUUGGUUCAAUAAUGUCCUCGACUGCAACGUCCAUCAAUGCAAAAUUUAAUUAUGGAGAUGAAAGAAGUAAAAAUAUAAGAAUUAACGAACAGAAUAUAAUGAACUUGCAACGAAUUGAUUUGCCAGCAGAAACAGAGUAUACAGAAAUUGAAGUGACUGGUGUAGGAAUGGGUGUAAUUCAGGUUUCCUGGUCUUUUAAUUUAGCCGUGUCGGGAGAGACUCCUGCAUUUUUCCUGAAUGCCCUUCUCGACAAGACUUCAACCGAAAGUUAUCUUCAACUUAGCAUAUGCACUCAUUACAAGGUAGGAGUCAGCAACAUGGCCGUGAUGGAGGUAGGGUUGCCAUCAGGCUACGAGGCCGACACCGACGCACUACCGAGCAUAUUGCAAAUACCCAGGGUAAAGAAAGUCGAAGCGAAUCAAGGAAACACAAACGUGGUUAUUUAUUUUGAUAGACUGACUAGAGAAGAAGCCUGCGUCACCGUUCCUGCACACAGAACGCACAAGGUUGCCCACCAGAGACCUGUACCUGUAAAAAUCUAUGAUUAUUAUAAUUUAGUGAAGUGUGCAAGAAUGUUUUAUCAUCCUCAUAAGGCCACCUUGUGUGACAUAUGUGACAGAGACGACUGCAGAGAGGGAUGCAAGAAAGAGGAAAAGAAAGACUACUCAAAACUUGAGGGCGAUGAGAAGUAUACGGGUGGUGGAUCAGUCCUCAGACUCUGUGUUUUGCUGAUGGUUGGACUAUUGACGUUUACCCUCAGGAUAGGCAACUUAAUGCAGUGAUUACAUUCUUCUUUCAUUUCAUUUCAUCAACGUGCAUAAUGUAAAUAUGUUGCCUAGAGGAAUUUUUACAUUCACGUGUAUAUCUCAGGUUUUAUUCAUGCAUUCAUAACCAUAAAAAAAACUUUCAAAUGGAACAUUAUCUUCAAGUCUAAUCUUUAUGGAGUAAAAAAUGUGAGAAAACUCUGCUCAAACACUUCUUUUUUUAACAUCCAACUAAAAUACUUAUGAUACCCUCAGUUUGCACUGAUUUUAUAUGUAUAUACAAGUAACAGAAAAUAAGUAAUUUUUUAAAUCUAUUGCAGCUUGACAACAUUUAUAGCAGUUAUGUUCUUUAAUUUGCAUAUCACACAAUCUUAAACUAUAAGAGUUGAUCAGACAUGUUUUACUUUCUCAGUGCUUGCAGGGCAGAGAGAGAUGAGAUACUUUUUCUUUUGAGUAUUGCUGAUCCUAUAGCAAUGGGCAAAUGUCUAUCAUUUUGAUUCAUUACAUAGAAUUUUAUUGUAAAAUAAUAUAAAAGCUUCAUUGAUAGGAUAAAAGGCAUACUGAGGAGUAAUAAUCUGAAAGAAAUGCUAAAUGUAAAGCUCAAAGUUUAUAAGAGAACAAAACUCAUUCAUAUUUUAUUAAAAAUUGUUUUAUUAUCAACAAGUAUUUAUAAUUGUCAAAUAAAAUUUUAUAUAACACAGCAAGUUUAUUUAUUUAUUAACUGU